AUGGCUUCGCCGCUUUACUCGCUUUGGGGAAUUCUGGUGUUAUGCUAUUUGCUUGCGUCCGAGAGCCAUGCGCGGGUCCUGUUACAAGGCGCAUCCCCACCUUUCUCCCCGCACGCUCAGAUCCACGAGGAUAGCCAGCAGUUACCUCUCACCACCACCAAAUCCAAGCAAACACUACGCGACCUGGUGAACGCUCUGGAUGUAAUGCAGGAUACCUGGUUUGAGCUAUGGCAGGGCACAUGGCCAACCGGCAAUGAUUGGACUAGAGCUGUUCAUGGGACGCACGUGUCCGCCACGCUCUCCUCGUUGACUGCGACAACGGACGAUGCGCUGCUGGCAACCUUGUUGAGCAAUACUGGCGAGGAUGGAGGGAACCUUGUUGCUCAGAGCUCUGUGGCUCUUGAGAACCUUGUCAGUCAUUUCUUUACGCAUGUGCAGACGUUCUACUUUGGAGAGCAUAGCUUCGCGCUCAGGAACCAGGCGUUUGAUGAUAUGCUAUGGGUUGUGCUUGACUGGCUAGAAAGUAUCAAGUUCGGGGUACUGCAUUCCGAGCUACACUAUGAGGGCAAGGCCUCUAGAACUGGCGACCGGCCGUGGCAUGGGACGCAAUUCCGGACGCCAGCUGCGCACCGGGUGCGGGUGUUUUAUGAUCUCGCCUCGCAGGGGUGGGAUACAUCCCUCUGCGGAGGCGGAAUGAUCUGGAACCCAUAUCUGGGUCCGUAUAAGAAUGCUAUCACGAACGAACUGUAUAUAUCGGCUAGCAUUGCGAUGUACCUAUAUUACCCGGGCGAUCGAAUCGAUGCGCCCUUUGUCGUCGAGGGAGAGUCUGCAGACGGUCUUCCCCACGACCCUCUCUAUCUACGUACGGCGGAGGAGGCGUACCGGUGGCUCCGCAACUCAAACAUGACGGGAAUCUUCAACUUAUACGGAGAUGGAUUCCACAUCCGUGGCUAUCAGGACCCGCAAAAUCCCGGAACGCGCAAGUGCGAUGUACUUAACACAAUGGUAUACACUUACAACCAGGGUGUGAUCCUCAGCGGGCUAAAGGGCCUGUGGCUGGCUACGGGGUCGGAAGCGUACCUGAGUGACGGGCAUGAGCUCCUGCAGAAUGUGCAGAGGGCGACAGGUUGGCCCAAUAUAUAUGACCAACAAUGGAAGGGUCUAGGCCGCGCAGGGAUCCUGGAAGAAGCAUGCGAUUCGCACGGCGACUGCUCCCAAGAUGGCCAGACAUUCAAGGGAAUCUUCUUCCACCACUUCACCGAGUUCUGCCGCCCUCUGCGCCCGCAGGAGCUGCGCUUCCUCCGCACCCAGGCGUGGGCGCAGAGCCGUGGCUGGGAACGCUCCUUCGAGUGGCACCAAACUCUGUGCAGCACAUACCGGCCCUGGAUUGAGCGCAAUGCAGAAGCAGCCCUAAUUACGCGGAACGAGGAGGGAAAAUUCGGCAUGUGGUGGGGGAAACGCUAUGGGGUUUUCGACGAUGAAACCAGCAGCAGCACGCAUAGUAGCCCUUUGCCAAAUGGGGCCACGGACUAUCGUAACUACCCUGACUCGGCUCCGCCAUACUGGUGGAAGAACGAGACGGCAGCAAUGGUUCAGCAGCUGGGGACAGCGAAUGCCCAAAAUGGCCAGCCAGAGUACAACGAUCGGGGCCGUGGCCGCACCGUCGAAACCCAGUCUGGCGGUGUCGCUGUUCUACGUGCGUUGUAUCAAUGGAAAACGACACCAUCUUUGUCAGGUGAUCAUAUAUAG